CUUUUCCUCUCCGUUCAGUCGUUCUCAGUUGUCGGUGAGGCCGGCGGGGCGGAUCCCAAGUUAAAUCGGAAGAGAAAUCAAAAGGCAAACAAAUCAACCCUUCGGCUUAUUUACUUCUGACUAUUGCUGUUCUCCCUUGUGGAUAUAUUGCUCAAAAAGAUGCCCUCGGCAACAAAUGGCACCAGGACUCUGAAGUCUGCCAGCCCAGACUUGGGAUCUGCUCCCGGAUCAAUGAACCAAAACACAGCCAGCAACCAGUCAGAGGCCAUGAAGCAGUUGCUGGUGGUUCUUGAAAAGAAAGUGCGCAAUAUGGAGAAGAAAAAGGGCAAGCUUGAUGAUUACCAUGCCAGGAACAUCAAAGGAGAACGUCUCAACCAGGACCAGCUGGAAGCACUGACUAAGUACCAGGAAGUAACUCAUAAUCUGGAGUUUGCACGGGAGCUGCACAAAAGCUUUUUGGCUUUGGGUCAAGAAAUCCAGAAGACAGUUAAGAAAACGGCACGCCGUGAGCAGCUGCUGCGAGAAGAGCUUGAGCAGAAAAGGCUGAAAAGGGUUCUGGAGCUGCAGUUUCUCCUUGACCGACUUGGGGAUGAAAAUGUGCGGCAGGAGCUGUUGCAAGGAGCUGGAGGUCCCCCGGUCCUUAUUGAGGUUGACCUUACGGCUUUGGAUGAGUUUUACAAGCUUGUGGGACCUGAACGUGACCAAAACAUCAGGUUGACUGACCAGUAUCAAGGAGCAUCUCAGCACUUAUGGGACCUCUUGGAGGGGAAGGACAAGCCUGUAGCAGGAACAACAUAUAAAGCACUGAAUGAGACAUUGGAGCGAGUUUUGCAGAGCGGUUCCUUGGACAGAGUGCAGUCUCAUCAGAAUGGAGUUUGUGCAGAGGAGGAAGAGCAGUCGACUGCAGUCGAGGUGCCUGAAGUCGAGGAGCACCCUGCAGACAAGGAGGGUGUAAUGCCAGAAGAGUAUACAGAACCCAUUCCUAUUGAGCCAACAGAGUUUGUAAAUAGGCAGUUAAUUUCAGAGACCACAUACAGUAGUGGAGACAAGGAGCAAGUAGAGGAAUGGAGUGCAGAAACUCAGGUUGUAAACUCCAUGCAGCAGCCAGUGCAAGCUGCUCCCACUCCUGUUGUCCCAGAGCCCCAUCCGUUGACCACGGUGAACCCCACGUCCCCGUCUGACCCUGUGAUAAGGAAACAGGUGGUUCAGGAUCUCAUGGCCCAAAUGCAGGGACCAUACAACUUCAUCCAGGAUUCUAUGCUGGAGUUUGAUGGGCAGGCCCUCGAUCCAGCUAUUGUAUUGGCACAGCCCAUGAAGCCGGCCCCAAGUAUGGACUUGCCUCCAAUGUUGUGUCAACCAGCUCACCCAGACUCCCGUCUCGCACAGCCGCCAGCUGUUGCCAUUCAACCCGAACCUACACAAAUCCCCAUGGUCUCUCCAUCACCAGAAACCUUCUCCACACAGCCCUCACUGUACCAGUCCUCCCACACAAUUGAUCCUCAACAGCAAACAGACUCUAUUGAUCCGAUUCUGGCCUCUAUGCCCCUGACAGAGCAGCCAUCUCCAGCCUCCCAAACACAAGCGUUCCAGUCCGGCUCCAAACCCCUGCACAGCGGUGGCAUCAAUGUCAAUGCUGCACCAUUCCAAUCCAUGCAGACGGUGUUCAACCUUAAUGCACCCGUCCCGCCAGCUGAUGAUACAGACUCAAUGAAGCAGACCGGGCCGUACCAGAAUAGCUACAACCAGGGUUUUAAUAGCCAGACGCAGCCCCCUAUGGAACAAGCGGACAUGCCGCCAGAGCAGCUCCAGUCUGUGGUCGGUGCCUUUCAUUCUCAAGACCAAUCGCUGCCCAACUCCACUGGCCACCAGCCAAUGUCCCAGCAACCAAGUGGCCAGGGCAACGGGUUCAGCCGGCAGACACAGUCCUUCUAUAACAGCAGAGGAAUGUCUCGCGGCGGUCCUCGGAACUCACGCGGCGUGAUGAACGGCUACAGAGGACCAUCCAAUGGUUUCAGAGGGGGAUAUGACGGUUAUCGCCCACCUUUCUCCAACUCUGCAAAUUCAGGAUAUGGUCAACCCCAGUUCAGUACACCACGGGACUACUCUAACAGUAACUACCAGAGGGACGGUUACCAACAGAACUAUAAACGUGGUGCUGUUCAAGGUUCCCGAGGGGCGCCCCGAGGAAAUGCUCCAGCCAUGCGAUCUUAAGCCUUGUACACUGACCUUGUAUCCUGGACCACACUGAACAUUCAAAAUUGAAAAGUGCAUACGUCCUGCCCCCUGCAUUGAACAAACAAAGCCUAUUCUGAAAUGCUGAAUUUUAAACGGUUCAAACAUUCAGAACACAAGCUGAAUACUGAAGAUUUUAAUGCUACCCUGUGUUUCUAACAGACUCCUGUGAACUUGAAAGACUUGGUUAAUUUAUUUUUUGUAUCAAAUAAAACUCUCAUACCUACCACA